CAUCCCGACACGAUGUAUGCCUUUGUGCGCUUCAGGGAUGAUGGCAUGAAGGUAGCUGUGGCCGUCGAGCGCAUAAAGAAUUUUUGUCCGAGAAAUCUCAGGGACUUCAACUCCACAAAAUGGUAUGGAGUGCGCUGGGAAGACGAAGAAAACAGCGGCUAUUUCCGGGCCCAGAUUAUGAAGCUGUUUGCAACCAAGGAGGAGGCCGAUGCUUGCACGGAAGGUGUGGACAAGCGCUUUUCGUGCCCGAAAAUGCCCCUCUACAGUGAUUCGGAAGAAGAUUCUUUCACCAGCCAGGAAUCCUUCCGAGAGGAGAAGAAGAACAAACAAAAGGCCAAGUCUCGCCAAAAGAAUGUUGAGGCGGCAUUUAGGAAGAAGAACAUGCAAAUUCUCUUUCCUGAGGAACAGGACUCUAGGACGAACGAACUGGAGCAGGAAGUUUUGAAGCUAAAAUCGGAAAAUUCAAAACUCUCUGCAAGAAUAGAGAUGCUGGAGAAAGCUCUGUGCAGCAAGAUCUUCGAUGCAGAGAAACAUAAGAGCUCGGAAAGUGGUCAAAAAGCUCCACCCGCAAACGUUAGGAAGGCGCAGGAGCCCUCCGGAAGUCCCAAUGGACCGAAACCAGCCCAGCAGCCCUUAAGGAGUCUUCCUGAACCAUUCCUGCCCUCUGGAAGAGUAGAUGAAAUGAAGCGGAACGCAGAAUCAGUAUCGUUCAGUAACGAUAAAAGUGGCGAGCCAAAAUCUAAAAAUUUGGCAGCUUCCCUGUAUGAAACUGCUGAAGGACAAGUACACUUGGGAAAGGACGUCUACGUCGCGGAGGCUCUGUAUAACCGCCUCAUGGCUGCCAAGACUGACAGCCGAUUUGUCCGGGAAGCUGCUGUGGCCAUUUUCUCCACAGCAGGCUUGGCUGGCCACAGUGUCACCGGGGCAAUGUCCAACCGGACAAAAACUGGCGCAAAGCCAGCGUUGGACAAGACGAAGUAUUCAGUAUUGAGUGAUUUCUUCAGCAACUUCUUGCUGCAACGAUAUCCACUUGGCGAAAUGGAAAAAAGAAAAAAGCUGAUGAAUAAGAUCCUUGCCAUCAAGAUUUCGGACAUAAUGAAAGUUAACUCAGCAGCGCAGCGGGACAGCGACGAAGAAAAUGCCAACAGUCAUUGAGCACUGUAUAGCUAU